AAACUUUGUUCAACAUUUUAUUGAUUUUCCAAAGCCAUUAAUUGCUGUGGUAAAUGGGCCAGCGGUUGGGAUCUCUGUAACUGUGCUUGGCCUGUUUGACAUUGUAUACGCUACGGACCAGGCUACCUUUCAUACUCCUUUUAGCACCCUGGGUCAAUGUCCAGAAGGAUGCUCUUCAUACACAUUUCCCAAACUCAUGGGGUUAGCUAAGGCCACCGAAAUGCUGCUUUUCAACAAGAAGCUAACCGCUGCAGAAGCCUGUUCGCAGGGACUUGUAACUGAGGUUUUUCCUGACAGUACAUUCCAGAAAGAAGUGUGGGCAAGGCUGAAGGCUUAUGCCAAUCUUCCUAAAAAGAGUCUGGCAGUCUCCAAGCAGCUAAUAAGGAACAUGGAAAAAGAGAAGCUGUACGAAGUUAAUUCUCAGGAAUGUGAAUGUCUCGUGGAAAGGUGGCUAUCCGAAGAAUGCAUGAAUGCCAUAAUGAGCUUCUUGCAGAAAAAAUCGAAGCUCUAGUCUCCAACCCAUCGUGCAAAAAUAAAUUGCUGUGAGUUGUUUCUGUUUCCCUUACUGCAAAAGCUGUCAUUAAAUGAAUACCUUGGAUUCAUA